CUUCAACAGCUCACAUACAGAACCUCUGCCUCAAGCAUAAAUAAAAAAGUAAUGUAAAGACAGUGGAGUGAUCAGAAGAUAAUUAGUGGUAGGUCUGUCUGAAACAUCAUGGAGGGUAAUAACAAACAACAGAGACAAAGAUCACGAGAAAGAUCACAUGACAGAUCACAAGAACGAUCCCCAGAGACAUCUCCUGUGAUGGUUCCGGCAACCCAACCACGCUCCUCAAUGUUCUCCUGCUGUUUGGGGAUGGCGUCUGAUGAACCUGUAGACAUCCCAGCUAGUAAUGUACCACCAGACUCUAUUGUGAAGCCGCCCACCAGACAGUCUCAUGUCAAUAACCCAGACACCAAUGAACACAUAAUACGUUCGGAGAAUACUAAGCUGCAAGCUUUGCCCACUGGUGCCAAGAGGCCGAACAAUCCCCAACAGCCAGGGCCCUCUAGUUGGAAGAAGGACAAAGGAGGGGACCAAGAUGGAAGGAACGAGCUCAGCCAGGGGUCCAGUCAGAAGCAGAACCAGGAUAAAAAGAUCAAGUUUCUGAUCAAUGUACCCAUGUGGGUGCCACUACCUAACAACAACCGACCAAAGGACCAAAUCAAGUCGCAAGUUCAAAGGUUACUGACGUUGCUGGAGGAGACAGGCUUUAAGGAGGAAGAUAAGGAGCACCUGAAAGACGUGGCCAUCAUCAUUGGUCUCAAUGGAAAAGAUUCUGAUGAUCUCAGGGAGCUGCUGUCUCAGCUCGUAGAAGAAAAUGAGAAAAAAACAAUAUUUACGUAUAAAAAGAUUUCAUUUACCUGGGGACCCAAGGGUGACAUUAAAUAUGACCCAAAACCUGACCCUAAAAAACAACAAAUACCAUAUACGGAUAUCAGAGAAUAUCUAAAAAAUCAUGCAGAAACUGAAAAGCUAGUUAAAGAGUUGAGAAAAGAUGAUACUGAUGUGAUCUAUUUCAGUUUUAUUGACGCUGAUACUGUAAGCUUUAACCAAGUGUACAGCUCUUAUUUAGAGAUAGUCAGACAGCACUCUAACACUCACAAUGGCAUCCCACCAACGGUGAUGUCAACAGGCUAUGAGUUUCCUGAUGGUGAUUUCAAGAAGGCAAGCCAGGUUGACAAUGGCGUUCGAAUUGAGACAGCAAAAUACUUCCCUCUUGGCACAUAUUAUCCAGAGCCCAACUUCUGUGUUUUACUUCUAGAGGGGGAGGACACACUAACAGAGAGCUUUAUUGGUAGAGGCAAAGCAAUGGAGUCACCAAAAUUGAUCAAAAAAGUUAAGCAACGUGAAGAAUUCACAGCAGUCUUUACCAAGGGCAACCCCAUAGUGACCUCUGUUCCAACAAGGUCUAAAGUCACUGAAAAGGGCCUGAUAACUGCUCAAUCACAUUAUCAACCUAGGGUUUGGGCAACAAGUGCAUACAUGCAUGGUGAGAUAAAGAGUGAAUUAAAAGGCAAAGGAAGUUCUGGUAAAACAAGAAAACAUUUGAUGGCACUGUUGACUUGUCCAGAUGAGGAAUUUCAGGAGAAGUGUGCUGAUCUUCCUCUGGAAAUAAAUUCUGCAUAUUAUGACCUGUGUACGGCAGCUGCUGCGGUCCGAGAAUACAAAAAGAAAGUGAGAGAGGCUGAGAACCAACGGGAUGAGAGCAGGCAGGCAGAGAGCAGAGCAAAACAAUCAGAGACGUAAAACAUAUAUACUAAUGGCAGCUCUAAAGACUUAUGUUGACAAAAAAAUCUGUAGCCUUACUUUUGUUAUUACUUUUAUUUUGCCGUAAUGUAUUGAGGCACUGUUAUUGUUUGUACCCUGGGGACUUUUAUUUUGAAAGCGAUAGUAUUCCCAAAGGCACCUUUGAGAGAGAGUGGAGAAAAAUACAGA